AUUGGUCGCUGGGAGCCGGAAAGAUGGCGGGAAGAAGGCUGUGGGGGAGGGUCGGAGGGAUCUCGGGGGCUCUGGCCGUAGGGGCCGCGGCCUAUGGAGCACACGGUCUCAGACAGAGUAAUGCAGAUGACUACCUGAAGGAGCUUUUUGCUACUGCGAACCAAUAUCACUUCCUGCACAGCCUGGCUCUACUGGCUGUCCCUCACUGCAGGCGCCCCCUGCUGGCUGGUUCUCUUUUGACAUCUGGAAUGGUCCUUUUCUCCGGUACCUUCUAUUAUCACGCUCUGACCGGGGACUCCACGUUCACCAAGGCAGCACCGUAUGGUGGCACCCUCCUGAUCUUGGGGUGGGCAGCAAUGGCUCUGUGAAGGCAUCUUGACUGAGUCGGUAGAAGAUUAUGCUUGGCUCUGAAGUGUUUUUUCCCAGAUUGCAUAGCGUGCAGGGGCCAGCGUGAGAUUUGACAAUCAGAAGAGGCGAUAAACCUGACGCUGCACAGAAAGUGGGUUAACGCCACAAGCUGACAUCACUGCUUACAUUCAUCAUGAUGAUUAGGAAUUGAU